UGAUGUUGCAAUCACAUGAAGGCUACAUUCCUCCUUCCACAGAUAAUCCACGCAAUACGUUUCAACCGUCUGCUUUAUCAUAGCCCAUAAAUAAGAAGCAAAAUCCUCUCUAGCCUACCAAAUCCUAACGUACAAUGGCAGCAGCAAUGUUCUGGGCUUUGGCUUUAGCAAGCCUCUGCUGCCUCCUAGCAUCCAAUGCCCAAUCACCAGCUACAGCACCACCAAAGUUGCCACCUACAACCCCAACAGCAACUAGCCCAUCUUCAGGCACACCACAAGUGGCAACACAACCACCCAUUGUGGCAUCAUCCCCUCCCACCACAAGCAAACCACCAACUGCAACCCAGCCACCUGCAAAUGUGGCUCCCAAACCUGCUCCUGUGACACCACCAGCUCCCAAGGCUGCCCCAGCUUUAAGCCCAAAAGCCCCAUCACCCCAAAUUCCACCACCACAACCACCAAAGAGUCCACCUGUCCCAACUCCUACAUUGCCACCACAAUUACCACCACCAAAGAUAUCCCCAACACCAGUGCAAACACCACCAGCCCCUGCACCGGCAAAGGCAACACCAGCACCCGCACCCACAAAGCAAGCACCAACACCAUCACCUGUUCCUUCACCACCAACACCAGCACCGGUGCCUGUAACAGCAACACCAGCACCAGCUCCUGAAUCCCCCAAGCACAAGAAAGGAAGACAUAGGCACAAGCACAGGAGACAUCAAGCACCAGCUCCAGCACCAACAAUUAUUCGCAAAAGUCCCCCAGCACCACCUGAUACUACAGCAGAUGCGGACACAGCACCAGCUCCAGCACCAAGUCUGAAUUUGAAUGGUGCACCAUCGAGCCAUCAGCAAGGGAGAAAUAUAUGGGCAACGGCUGGACUUGCUAUUACUGUUUUGCUAGCUGUCACUGGCUACAGCUGCUAGCAGUCUCAUAGUGACCAUGGAUUCAAUCUAAGCAGUUAUUUGGUUUGCAAAAUAUAAAAUCAUUUCGCAUGUAUAGAUCUGAAUAAUGAGUCUAUACCUACGAUUUUUUUCUCUCUUUCUUUUAUUCUUGACGUGAUUUUUGU